UAUUCCCUCCCGCCGGCCGGCCCGCGGCGCGCAGCCACCAUGAGCACCGCCGCCUUCCACAUCUCCAGCCUCUUGGAGAAGAUGACGUCCAGCGACAAGGACUUCAGGUUCAUGGCAACUAGUGAUCUGAUGUCAGAGCUGCAGAAGGACUCCAUCCAGCUGGAUGAGGACAGUGAGCGCAAGGUGGUAAAGAUGCUGCUUAGGCUCCUGGAAGACAAGAAUGGCGAGGUGCAGAACCUGGCGGUCAAGUGCCUGGGUCCUCUGGUGGGCAAAGUGAAGGAGUACCAGGUGGAGACCAUUGUGGAUGCUCUAUGUGCCAACAUGCGGUCAGACAAGGAGCAGCUCCGAGACAUCGCUGGCAUCGGCCUCAAGACCGUCCUGUCAGAACUCCCUGCUGCAGCCACAGGCUCUGGCCUGGCCACCAACGUGUGCAGGAAGAUCACUGGCCAGCUCACCAAUGCCAUUGCCCAGCAAGAGGAUGUGGCCGUGCAGCUGGAAGCCCUGGACAUCCUCUCUGACAUGCUGAGCAGGCUGGGUGCCCCAUUGGGCGCCUUCCAUGCCAGCCUCCUGCACUGUCUCCUGCCGCAGCUGAGCAGCCCGCGCCUGGCGGUGCGCAAGCGAGCUGUUGGGGCUCUUGGCCACCUAGCAGCUGCCUGCAGCACCGACCUCUUCAUCGAGCUCGCUGACCAUCUCCUGGACCGGCUUCCCGGCCCGCGCGCACCUGCCAGCCCCGCCACCAUCCGCACCCUGAUCCAGUGUUUGGGCAGCGUUGGCCGCCAGGCAGGUCACCGCCUGGGGGCCCACCUGGACCGCUUGGUGCCUCUGGUGGAGGAGUUCUGCAACUUGGAUGACGAUGAGCUCCGGGAGUCUUGCCUCCAGGCCUUCGAUGCUUUCCUGAGGAAGUGCCCCAAGGAGAUGGGCCCUCAUGUUCCCAAUGUGACCAGCCUGUGCCUUCAGUACAUGAAGCAUGACCCCAACUAUAACUAUGACAGUGAUGGGGAUGAGGAGCAGAUGGAGACAGAAGAUAGUGAAUUCAGUGAGCAAGAGAGUGAGGAUGAAUACAGCGAUGAUGAUGACAUGAGCUGGAAGGUGCGCCGGGCGGCAGCCAAAUGCAUGGCAGCCUUGAUCAGCUCCCGGCCAGACCUGCUGUCUGACUUCCACUGCACCCUGGCACCUGCGCUCAUCCGCCGCUUCAAAGAACGGGAGGAGAAUGUCAAGGCUGAUGUCUUCGGGGCUUACAUCGUGCUGCUGCGGCAAACACGGCCCCCAAAAGGAUGGCUGGAGGCAGUCGAGGAGCCCACCCAGACUGGCAGCAACUUCCACAUGCUUCGAGGGCAGGUGCCCCUUGUGAUCAAGGCCCUGCAACGGCAGCUUAAAGAUCGGAGUGUCAGGGCCCGCCAGGGCUGCUUCAGUCUCCUCACCGAGCUGGCGGGCGUCCUCCCUGGCAGCCUGGCAGAGCACAUGCCCAUUCUGGUAGCAGGCAUCGUCUUCUCACUGGUGGACCGCUCCAGCUCUUCCACUAUCCGGAUGGAUGCCUUGGCCUUCCUGCAGGGGCUGCUGGGCACAGAGCCAGCUGAGGCCUUCCAUCCGCACCUGCCCACCCUCCUGCCACCUGUGAUGGCCUGUGUGUCUGACCCUUUCUACAAGAUUGCGGCUGAGGCCCUGCUGGUGCUACAGGAGUUGGUGCGGGCCCUAUGGCCCGUGGACAGGCCUCGGAUGCUGGACCCCGAGCCAUAUGUUGGAGAAAUGUCUGCGGCCACCCUGGCACGUCUCCGUGCCACUGACCUAGACCAGGAGGUGAAGGAGCGGGCCAUCUCCUGCAUGGGCCACCUCGUGGGCCACCUGGGUGAUCGGCUGGGGGAUGACCUGGAGCCAUCAUUAUUGCUCCUCCUGGACCGCCUGAGGAAUGAGAUCACUCGGCUGCCUGCAGUCAAGGCACUGACGCUAGUGGCCGUGUCCCCGCUACGGCUUGACCUGCAGCCCAUCCUGGCCGACGCACUGCCCAUUCUGGCCUCAUUUCUGCGCAAGAACCAACGGGCACUGCGGUUGGCCACACUGGCUGCUCUGGAUGCCCUGGCCCAGAGCCAGGGACUCAGCCUCCCUCCAUCCGCUGUGCGAUCUGUGCUGGCCGAGCUGCCUGCUCUGGUCAAUGAGAGCGAUAUGCAUGUGGCCCAGCUGGCUGUGGACUUUCUUGCCACGGUAACCCAGGCCCAGCCAGCCUCUUUGGCUGAGGUCAGUGGCCCCGUGCUCUCAGAGCUGCUGCGGUUGCUGCGUUCACCCCUGCUGCCAGCAGGUGUUCUAGUGGCCGCUGAAGGCUUCUUGCAGGCUCUAGUGGGGACCCGUCCCCCGUGUGUGGACUAUGCUGAGCUCAUCAGCCUGCUCACUGCACCUGUUUAUGACCAGGCUGUAGACGGCGGGCCAGGCCUCCAUAAGCAGGUGUUCCACUCUCUGGCUCGGUGUGUGGCAGCUCUUGCAGCUGCCUGUCCCCAGGAGGCAGCAGGCACAGCAAACCGCCUGGUCUGUGAUGCCCGGUCACCCAAAUCCAGCACGGCGGUCAAGGUCCUGGCGUUCUUGUCACUGGCUGAGGUGGGCCAGGUGGCCGGGCCAGGCCCCCAGCGGGAGCUGAAGGCAGUGCUCCUGGAAGCCUUGGGGUCACCCAGUGAGGACGUGAGAGCAGCUGCCUCCUAUGCACUGGGCCGUGUGGGUGCUGGGAACCUACCUGAUUUCCUGCCCUUUCUGCUGGGGCAGAUCGAGGCCGAGCCCCGACGGCAGUACCUGCUAUUGCACUCGCUCAGGGAGGCCCUGGGGGCUGCCCAGCCUGAUAGCCUGAAGCCCUACGCGGAGGACAUCUGGGCCCUGCUGUUCCAGCGGUGUGAGGGCACUGAAGAGGGCACCCGGGGGGUGGUGGCCGAAUGCAUUGGGAAGCUGGUCCUCGUGAACCCUCCAUUCCUUCUGCCCCGAUUCCGGAAGCAACUUGCUGCAGGUCAGCCUCACACCCGGAGCACUGUCAUCACAGCAGUCAAGUUCCUCAUCUCGGACCAGCCCCAUCCCAUCGACCCCCUCCUGAAGAGCUUCAUCGGAGAGUUCAUGGAGAGCUUGCAGGACCCAGACUUGAAUGUGCGCCGGGCCACUCUGGCUUUUUUCAACUCAGCUGUGCACAACAAGCCCUCGUUGGUACGGGACCUGCUGGAUGACAUCUUGCCUCUCCUCUACCAGGAGACGAAGAUCCGCCGGGACCUCAUCCGAGAGGUGGAGAUGGGGCCCUUCAAGCACACAGUGGACGAUGGGCUGGAUGUGCGGAAGGCAGCCUUUGAGUGCAUGUACUCACUGCUUGAGAGCUGCCUGGGCCAGCUGGACAUCUGUGAGUUCCUGAACCAUGUGGAGGACGGCCUGAAGGACCACUACGAUAUCCGGAUGUUGACCUUCAUCAUGCUUGCACGAUUGGCCACCUUGUGUCCUGCACCCGUCCUGCAGAGGGUGGACCGGCUCAUUGAGCCACUCAGGGCCACCUGCACCGCCAAGGUCAAAGCUGGUUCUGUGAAGCAGGAGUUUGAGAAGCAAGAUGAACUGAAGCGCUCUGCAAUGAGGGCAGUGGCCGCCUUGCUGACCAUCCCAGAAGUGGGGAAAAGCCCCAUCAUGGCUGACUUCUCUUCCCAAAUCAGAUCCAACCCUGAACUUGCUGUCCUCUUUGAAAGCAUCCAGAAGGAUUCUGCUUCAGUCCCCAGCACAGAUUCAAUGGAACUCAGCUAGUCAGCCCCCAAAUGGGCGCCUCCUCAAGAGAAAGGCAUCCUCCCAAGGCUGAGGCCUCACCUUCCCACCACCAAAGGCCACAGGCCUUUACUUAUGUCCUUUCUUGAUCUCCCUGGGGGCCCUCCUGCUCCUGUUCAGAGCUUACAGUGCCUUCACCAGGGACCCCAACACAUAGGCCCCAAGCUGAAGCUCCAAGGCUGCCAAAAGUUGGGCCCUUUUAACUCAGGAUAGUAAUUCAAAGCAACAGGACAUAAUUUUCCAGGCCUCCCACACAAAGAUUGAUGUGACUUCACACUGGUCUGUCUGGUUAUUUUAAGCUGGCAAGUCCCUGCCUCACAGAGCACUUAACAUUGAUGUCGUCUCAUGCUCACAGCUGCUGGGAGGCAGCAGGCUGGCCUGCCUUCCCACUAGUGUCCCAGAUUUGUCACUAAUUUCACUUUUUCAAUUCACUUGAUUUGAUCAUCUGCCAAAAAUUAGUGCUUUGGCUGGGUAUCUUAAAAACUCAGGUACUUCUGAGUUAGUCACAUUUUAGAAUUAAAAAAAUGCUUUUUCAUUGGCAGUGAUGAAUCAGAAAUCUUGUUUUCUUGCAGGGGGAGGGGGUGGGUAGGGAAUUAGGGCUAAUGUGUUUCUUUAAUUUAUGUGGCAAACAGGGAAACAGGAAAGCAUGUAAGUACAAACCAUCUUUCAUGCCACCACACCUAGGCAUAACCAGUUGGUCUGUCCUAAGGAAAGUUUUGAACAUGUAGUUUUUAGUAUUGAGGACAGAGAAUUAAGUGACAAGCAAAAGAAUUUUGUGCUAGGUUAAUAAAAGAUCCUAAAUUGUAA